GCCGAUUUUCGUCAUUCGUUUAACCCGGACGUGAAGACGCGCGACAGAAAAAUAUCCGAUACGGUCGAAGAAAAGCUUCAAAAAGAUUCCUGAGUGGACCAGAAGAGAUGGGCAGAUAGAUCGUGACACUCUUCUGAGACAGUAAGGACAGGCAAGCACACCCGCCCACCCUCUCAGUGGGGAGAGAGACUGAGGAACGGUGAGAGGGGCGUAAUACAGCUGGCUUGUGCCAUGGCUACUCCUGUUUCACCAGAUGCUUAAUGGAGCUUGCGCUCAUAUAGGUUCUGCUGGUGCUAUCAGGGUUGGCUGAGUGCUCUUCUGCGUUCUCUCUCUGUUCUCUGGGCAUCUCUACACUCCACUGUGUGCGUGGAUCCUGGCGGCGGCUGUGCUGGUUUGGCACUGAGUUUGUGUGAGGGUGUGAGGAAGAAGACCUCUGUGUGUGUGUGUGUGUGUGUGUGUGUGUGUGGGUACGUCGUCUGCCGGCAGGUGUAGUGCCCCCCCCACCCUGCACGCUCAAAGCUGGCGAUGUCCAGGGUCCCGAGUCCGCCCCCUCCCGCUGAGAUGACCAGCGGCCCUGUGGCCGAAAGCUGGUGUUACACGCAGAUCAAAGUCGUCAAGUUCUCCUACAUGUGGACCAUCAAUAACUUCAGCUUCUGUCGGGAAGAGAUGGGUGAGGUCAUCAAAAGCUCCACCUUCUCCUCAGGAGCCAACGACAAGCUCAAAUGGUGUUUGCGGGUCAACCCAAAAGGACUGGACGAGGAGAGCAAAGACUACCUGUCUCUCUACCUGCUCCUGGUCAGUUGUCCCAAGAGUGAGGUGCGUGCCAAGUUCAAGUUCUCCAUCCUCAACGCCAAGGGAGAGGAGACCAAAGCCAUGGAGAGCCAGCGAGCUUACCGGUUCGUUCAGGGCAAGGACUGGGGCUUCAAGAAGUUCAUAAGGCGGGACUUCCUACUCGAUGAGGCCAAUGGGCUGCUGCCCGAUGACAAGCUGACGCUCUUCUGUGAGGUGAGUGUUGUGCAGGACUCUGUGAACAUCUCGGGGCAGAACACCAUGAACAUGGUGAAGGUUCCAGACUGCAGGCUGGCUGAUGAGCUGGGCGGACUGUGGGAACACUCGCGCUUCACAGACUGCUCUCUCUGCGUGGCUGGCCAGGAGUUCCAGGCACACAAAGCCAUCCUAGCAGCACGCUCUCCUGUUUUCAGUGCCAUGUUUGAGCAUGAAAUGGAAGAAAGCAAAAAGAACCGCGUGGAGAUCAACGACGUGGAGCCGGAGGUGUUCAAGGAGAUGAUGUGUUUCAUCUACACCGGCAAGGCCCCCAACCUGGACAAGAUGGCCGACGACCUGCUUGCUGCUGCCGACAAGUAUGCUCUGGAGCGUCUGAAGGUGAUGUGCGAGGACGCUCUGUGCACCAGCCUGUCCGUGGAGAACGCUGCUGAGAUCCUGAUCCUGGCUGACCUGCACAGUGCCGACCAGCUUAAAACGCAGGCCGUGGACUUCAUCAACUACCACGCGUCCGACGUCAUGGAAACAUCAGGCUGGAAGUCCAUGGUGGCGUCCCACCCACACCUGGUGGCGGAGGCGUACCGUUCGCUGGCCUCCGCCCAGUGUCCCUUUCUGGGCCCGCCCCGCAAGCGCCUCAAACAGUCAUAGUGCUCCCCCCCUUCCCCAGCCUGCCUUCUCACCCCCACAGGACUGCCCACACGAGGGCGCCAUUCUUAAAUUUCCGCCCUGACCCCUAAAUAUGACCCUCAGUAGGGACCAUAGCCGACCCUUGACCCCAAGGUACUGUGUCCUGUAGUGUCCCUCCCUGUUCUCCUCCCAGCCUCCCCCUCCUCUGUGUGCUCUCCCCAACGCCCAGAGAGCCAGGGACCCCGCGAGAGCUCACCCGCGGAGGCAACGCAAGCUGCAGCUGGACGGCCAAUUCCCCAGGCUCUCCCCCUCCUCGACACCCCACCACACUUUCCCCGCCUGGCCAGGAUUAUGCGAGCUUUUAGUGGGACCUGCCGACCGUGGUCAGGGGUUUGAGACGAAAGGGUGGACACAUGGACAACAAAAGACAUGCACCGAUGCCUUUGGAUAGACUGUUAUAUAUGGACACACGACACAGGCUGGACGCGGUCCGCUCGAUCCGCGGACGAUGGGCUGUGACCUGUCUCGCUGUCCCCUGCUAUGGAUUCUCCUUCACUGUGUGUCUUUUUUUUUGUUCCCUUUUCCAGUGGCAGACAAGUGUUUCUGUCCCUUUCAGACACUGUCGGUGGGGAACCGUCGAGCUUUUAAACAGGUAGCUUGUCUCCUCAUGACGACAUCGGCGUUCUCUUCAGAUGUUCGAGUAGGUCCUGUGUCUUGUUGACAUUUUCCCCCUGGACUGCACAGUGUGCGGGGUUACCUGGAGACAGUGACGUCUGCAGAAGCGCUUUUUCGGUGACCUGCUACGUGGCCAUUUUGGAGAUCAUGGAACUUCCUGUACGUCUCCUUUCGGAGUGCAUGUGAUUGGACAGAUAGAGUGUUGAAAGCAGGGGGAUGUGUAAAUAUAAGGCUUUAUUUCUUUUGAUGUUUGAGACUUUCUCCUCCUUGUAGCACUUGUGUAUUUAAACCCAGGCUUUCUGUAUGAAAACAAAAACUACAAAAAAAAAAAUUCUCCAAAUAAAGCUAGCUGUGCUGACGAUGUUUGGGGCUGGACUCGUGCAGUGCAGUGAUUCUCUGCGUU